AUGAUAAACUGGUUGAUAAUCUCUAUCAGUGGAAUAUUGGGAUUUGGAUUGUUAUCCUUUACGUCAUCAAUGAUCAUGUCUGCAUUUCGUAAUCUAGCCUGGUUUUCAAAAGGGAUGCGUGAAUACACAAAGUCAGGCUAUGAGUCAGCUGCUUCACAUUUUGAUCCUAAUGAGUUGAAAAACGUACGCUUAGACAAUCACCGUGUUUUGAUAACUGGAGCCAAUUCAGGGAUCGGCCUCGUGUGUUGUAAAGAAUUAGCGAAACAUGGUGCAGAAAUCCAUAUGGUUUGUCGCAGUAAACCUCGUGCUGAAGAGGCACGUCAGCAGAUAAUCUCUGAAACUGGAGUCAAUGAUUCGCGUAUAAUUAUUCAUCCAUUGGAUCUUUCUAAACCGAAUGAUGUCCGCAAUUUUGGAAAACAAUUUGCUAAUAAUAAUGAUUCACGUCUAGAUAUUUUGAUUAAUAAUGCUGGCUGCAUGAUUAAUGAAUAUAAAACUGAUGAAAACGGCAUAGAAGCUAAUUUCGCCACAAAUACACUUGGUACUUAUAUACUUACUGAAAGUCUAAUACCUGCAUUAAAAAAAUCACCUGAUGCUCGUGUUAUUACUGUUAGCUCAGGUGGAAUGUUAGUACAGAAAUUGGAUCAUGCCGAUCCAAUGCUUACAACUAGGCACAACAAAUUUGAUGGAACAAUGGUUUAUGCACAAAAUAAACGUCAACAAGUUGUUAUGACUGAAAUGUGGUCUAAGAACUAUCCAGAGAUAUUCUUCUGUUCAAUGCAUCCUGGUUGGGCUGAUACACCAGCUGUCGCACUGUCUAUGCCAUCAUUUUACAAUAAAAUGAAAAAUAAACUAAGAACACCAGAACAAGGUGCAGAUACAGCGAUCUGGUUAGCAGCGGUACCAAAUGUGAGAAGAUUCCAAAACGGUUCUUUCUUCCAAGAUCGUCAAGUAGUUAGUCAACACCUAAAAUUGGCUUGUACACAUUCAAAGGAUGAUGAGAAACGUAAAUUCAUGUCUAAUUUAGCUGAUAUUGCAGCACCUUUUCUUAAAUAA